AUGAAAGGAACAAAUUUGACUAUUGAUGACAAUUGGAUUGUGACACAAUCAACAAGUAAGAAUGAUUUUACACGAGAGUUGAGACCAUAUUCUUUCAAGGAUAAAGAGGAACUUGUUAGAGCAAUCAAGAUCCAUUGCAUUAGCACACAUAGACAAUUUAAGAUUUGUGAAGAUAUUCCUCAAGUGCUGGAUGCAGAAAAUCCUGGAUCAUCUGAAAGGCCCAUUGAUGUAUUCCUCCCAAGAUUACUCCAGGUUUUGUACAUGUCUAUGGACAGUUACCUCCAAGGUUUGUUUGUUCUUGCAAAUGAUCCAUCAUUAGAAGUACGGAAAUUGCCAAAAACAUAA